AUGGCUGACAAAGGUCGUUCGCUAAUGAGAAGAAAAGAGAGAAAAGAAGAAGUGUCCGCUGAAAGCACCAAGGAUGUACAGAAAAUGAAGAAUGAAGGAGAGCGUGCAGUAGAUAAUGGAGAGGUCCCUUCAGCUGAAGCGGCAGCCUCUAAUGGUGCAGUAGCUAGCAGUCAGAAUGGCGAUUCUCAGGUUGAGCCAAUGGAACUACCUCCAUUUGAAAUCAUCCAAGGGGACCGGAUUGAUCCUUUUGCCUUUAAGUUCCAGUUCAAGAACGUGGAAUACUCCUCGGGCCGCAACAAGACCUUCCUGUGUUACCUGGUAGAUGAAGGGAACACAGCUGACGGGCUACUGAGGGGCUAUCUGGAGGAUGAGCAUACAGGGUCUCACGCUGAGGAGGCCUUCUUCAUACAGUGCCUCCCGAAUUACGACCCUGCACUCAGAUACACAGUCACCUGGUAUGUGUCUUCCAGUCCAUGCUCUGCUUGUGCAGCAAAGAUAGCUGAAGUGUUGAAGGCCAGGAAAAACGUCAAACUGAGCAUCUUUGCUGCUCGGCUGUUAGAGUGGGAGGAAACAGAAAUCCAGGCUGGACUGAAGGCCCUGCACGCUGCUGGCUGUAAGCUGAGGGUGAUGAAGCCUUUAGACUUCUCCUACACCUGGGAAACAUUUGUGGAGAACGAGGAAGAACCUCUGAACCUGUGGGAGGACUGCAAAGAAAACUAUGAGUACUACCAGGAGAAGCUGGCUGAUAUUCUACAGUGA